GUUUGUUUUUUUAUCCAUCAUCUCCUUCUCAAUUGUCUUUUUGGUCCAGAUACAGAUUCUUGACAGCUAAGAAUGAAAAAGCAAACCAAUCAUCUCCAAGUUUGAUUAUAUAAGUUAAUAAUGGAAUUACCAGGAAACAAAUGCCGAUGAUCAACACAAAAAAAAUACAAUCAAUGUCUUCUCCAAGGGGUGUUCUAGUAUCUCUUUUUUUCCUAUUUCUUCUUCUUCUUCUUCUUCCUUGUACAACUUAUGCUAAACUCCGUCUGCAUUAUUACCAUAAUACAUGCCCAAAUGUCGAGUCCAUCGUUCGAGCUGCAGUAGAGAAGAAGUUCCGGCAGACAUUUGUGACAGCUCCAGCCACUCUUAGGCUCUUCUUCCAUGACUGUUUUGUGAGGGGAUGCGAUGCUUCAAUAAUGCUAAGUUCAAGGAAGAACACAGCAGAAAAGGAGAACUCAGAUAAUCUUUCACUGGCCGGAGACGGUUUCGACACUGUGAUCAAAGCCAAAGAAGCUGUGGACAGUGUUUCUGGCUGCAGGAACAAAGUUUCUUGUGCUGAUAUUUUGGCCAUGGCCGCUAGGGAUGUCAUUGCCUUGACAGGAGGACCAUCUUAUUCAGUAGAGCUGGGAAGAUUAGAUGGGAGGAUCUCUACAAAAGCCAGUGUUGGAAACCAUCUUCCUCAUCCUGAUCAUAGAUUGAACCAACUUAAGACGAUGUUUGCUUCCCAUGGUCUUACUCUAACCCACCUCGUUGCACUCUCGGGAGCACAUACAAUUGGAUUCUCCCACUGCAGCAGAUUCUCCAAACGGGUAUACAAUUUCCAAAGCAAAACCAGAAUAGAUCCAACAUUGAAUCUGGCAUACGCAAAGCAACUCAAACAAUUGUGUCCGAGAAAUGUAGAUCCAAGGAUUGCAAUAAACAUGGACCCAACGACACCUCAUACAUUCGACAAUGCAUACUUCAAGAACCUCCAGCAAGGGAAGGGCCUUUUUACAUCUGACCAAGCUCUGUUCAUUGACCCCACUUCAAGAAAAAUUGUCAACCGAUUCGCUUCCAACUCCACUGCUUUUGAACAUGCUUUUGUUGCUGCCAUUACUAAGCUUGGUAGAGUGGGUGUCAAAACUGGCAACGAGGGAGAGAUUAGACAUGAUUGCACACUUGUUAAUUAGGUUAUAAUUCUAGCUACUAUUUACAUUGAGUCUCUUCUUUUCUUUUUUCUUUGGGAGGGUGGGAGAUUAGGGGUUGGAUUAAACAAAGUAAUUAUCAGCUGGACAUGAGUUUGACAAUCAAGCUAAAGCUAUUUGGAUAGCAGAGUUGGAAUAUACAUAUAAAUAAAAGAUUCACAAGGGUGUUGUGGAUCUCGCUAUGUAUGCCAGAAACUUAAAAAUAUUUAUUUUAUUUCCUUUAGUAUAAU